AUUAAAAUAAGAUAUAAUAAUAUUAUAGUAAUAAGAUACUUAGUGGCUAUUUUACCAUUGGAGCUAACAAUUUUGGUAUAGUUUCUUAACUUAAAUUUUAUUAGAACAAAAUAGUAUUAUAUUAAUGAGAUAUAUAGUGAAUAUCUUCCUAAAAAGGUUAUUCUAAUUCUUUGGUGGUCAGACCUUUGAUCACAUUGCUCUUGAAUUGUUUCUCAUUUGAGGACUUUUGAUUUUAUCUGAUUAUGCAAUUUCAGUUUAAAUUAAUCCGAAUGGAUUCGAGUCUCUAUAGCUCAAUAAAACUAAAAUGGGUUUCUCGUUAUAUUGGUUGGUUAAUUCAUAGUUCUAUACAAUUCUCAGUUGAAUAUUGCAUAGUAACUUCCACUAAUUAAAUGGGAUAAGUUACAAAACUAAACUACACACUUGUUUCUUCGUCAACACUGAGCUGUUUAAUUUUCUGAUUCAUGAUAUUUAACGUUUUAAAUGACCAAAGAAUAUAUAAAACACAUAUACGUGUACUGUGGUUAUUAACCUCACAAUAAAUACAACUUCAGUUGUACAGAAAAGUACUAACAUAAGUUUUUUAAACUCUACAUUAGUUUUUUUCUUUUUGAAACUUAAACUCUACGUUAGUUGUGUCUUCCUUCUUUCUACCUCUCCUUUUCACUCAUGAUCACAACAAGCAAGAGUCAGAGAUAUUUGUUACGGUUUCUUGUGCUCCACGGUGGAGCUACGGCCGCGGCAGCUCCCUCCAGCGAGAAAACGCUCUCUCAGACACCCACUUGGGCCGUUGCGGUCGUCUGCACAUUUCUCAUCAUCAUUUCCCAUCUCCUUGAGAAGGGUCUUCAUAGACUCGGCAAUUGGUUAUGGAAAAAGCAGAAAAACUCUCUGCUUGAAGCCUUAGAGAAAAUCAAAGCUGAGCUGAUGAUUCUUGGAUUCAUUUCUUUAUUACUCACCUUUGGAGAAACAUACAUUCUCAAGAUCUGUGUUCCUUCGAAAGCUGCUCUCUCUAUGUUACCAUGUCCAUCUGAAAAGACGAACACUCUGGCUCCGUCUCUUAGCAAACAUCUUUUGGCUGCUGGUGAUUUAUCUGUGAACUGCAAAAAUGGAUCUGAGCCACUAAUAACUUUGAAAGGGUUGCACCAACUUCACAUCUUGUUGUUCUUCUUGGCCAUUUUUCAUGUUCUUUAUAGUUUAAUAACCAUGAUGCUUAGUAGGCUUCAGAUUCGUGGAUGGAAAAAGUGGGAGCAAGAGACAUUAUCUCAUGAUUAUGAGUUUUCUGUUGAUCAAACAAGACUUAGGCUCACUCAUGAGACUUCUUUUGUGAAAUUACAUACAAGUUUCUGGACAGCAAUUCCUUUCUUCUUUUACGUCGGGUGCUUCUUCAGGCAGUUCUUUGUAUCUGUGGGAAGAACAGAUUACUUGACCCUGCGCCACGGAUUCAUCUCUGCUCAUUUAGCUCCGGGAAUAAAGUUCAACUUCCAGAGAUAUAUCAAAAGAUCUCUCGAGGAUGAUUUCAAGUUAGUAGUUGGAAUAAGUCCAGUUCUUUGGGCAUCAUUUGUGAUAUUCUUGUUGUUUAAUGUUAAUGGAUGGAGAACAUUGUUUUGGGCAUCAAUACCUCCAGUGCUAAUAAUUUUAGCUGUUGGAACAAAGCUUCAAGCGAUUUUGGCAACAAUGGCGCUAGAAAUCGUAGAGACACAUGUAGUAGUACAAGGGAUGCCUCUAGUGCAAGGUUCAGAUCGAUACUUUUGGUUGGAUUGCCCUCAACUGCUUCUUCAUCUUAUUCACUUUUCCUUGUUUCAGAAUGCUUUCCAGAUAACACACUUCUUCUGGAUAUGGUAUUCUUUUGGAUUAAAAUCAUGCUUCCAUAAAGAUUUCAACCUUGUUGUCAUAAAACUCUUUUUAUGCCUAGGGGCUUUGAUCUUAUGCAGCUACAUCACUCUCCCGUUGUACGCUCUGGUGACUCAGAUGGGUUCACACAUGAAGAAAGCAGCGUUUGAUGAACAAAUGGCAAAGGCAUUGAAGAAGUGGCACAAAAAUAUCAAAAUGAAGAAAGGAAAAGCAAAGAAACUCCUGAGCAAAACACUUGGUGGUUCGGGGAGUUUCAGCAUCUCCCCCUCUUCCUCUGGAACCACUCUACAUCGUUCCAAAACCACUGGUCACUCUUCUAACGCCAUAUACUACAAACAAGAAGAAGAACACGACGAGAUGUCUGAUCUUGAAGCUGGUGCAGAGGAUGCCACUGAAAGGUUUCAAGAGCAGCAUAAGCCAUUCCACCAUUCUUAGCUGUUUUUAGUGUACUCUUAUUACUUAAAGGUUGAGAUGUUGUGAGAAAACAAUGUUUCUACUGAUUAGCCAACAAUAGACUUAUUUAUAUUAACUUAAUCUACAGACGAAAGAUUAUAUUUAACCUUAACAUUGUAUAGUUUGACCAUUUUGCACGGUAUACCAAACACUUGAAGCUCGAGUCCAUACUGUUAUGGUUUUCUUAACUGAUCUCUUGACAUCUUGUUUCUUAGUUCAUAGCAUAUGUAUUAAAAUGUGAUAUGUAAUGAACUUUCCUCAUUUAACUUUGAUAAAGCAACUUAAACUGAACUACACAUGGUUCUCAGGAUUCUUUAACUAAAUACUGCUAGUAAUCAAGAAGCAGGUGUCAAAGUUUAUGUUACGGUUUCUGAUGGUUCACGGAGGAGCGAGCACUUUCAAUAUAAGACAUCAUUUCUGCUUCCACUCGUUACACAGCCAUUUGCAAACCUUCAUAUGAAUGCUUCAAAAAAAAAACAUUAAUAAUAAUACAAUCCCCUA